CUUGGCAUGUGGAGGAACGGCAAAGAGCUUCCUCAUUCGGUGUGUACUGAUCUAUGUCAUCCUGGGACACGGAAGGGGAUUCGUCAGGGGGAACCGAUCUGUUGCUUUGACUGCAUCCCAUGUGCCAAUGGACACGUGUCACGGGAACCAGCCUGCUGCAUUGCUGCUCUUCAUGACAAGGAUUUUAGUGAGUCCAUCUCUGCGUAUUCUCUGGAAUCUGGAUCUGGAGGAUGGGGAGGAGAAAGCUGAGAAAGACAAAAUUCCCCUCAGUAGGUGGCAGUAAUGUUGAAU